GUCUUUUUUUAUUAUUCAGAAUGGUCGCGGAGUCUGCAGUGGUUAUUGCAUCUAGCUUAUAUAUAUUUUGCAGCUUUUUUGAGUUGAAACAAAGCGCUGGCUUCAUUUUGUUCCAUGGCAUCUUGUUUUUAUUAGCUUGUAUUCCCUCGAUGAAGUGGGAUGUAGGGAUAAAGAAAUGGUUUCAUCUAAGGCCAUUUGCUGGAGAUGGUGUGGAAAUUGGUUCACUGCUAGUUCCCAUGGUACUGACAAGUCAAAUGGCAUUCAUUGAGAGAUGGGAGAGUAAAUACCUUAAAGUAACAGAGGUGGAGAGGUCUUAUCUUUUGGCUACCCAGUUGAUGAGCAUGCUCACUGUCUCCAUGCUGCUGAUUGUAAAUCAUGAGAAACCUCUGAUUUCGUCAUUCUUCUUUUUUGUGGUGACAACCUGCAUUGCAGCCACAAUAAAUGUUCAAUGGGAUGUAGAUAUCAUGCGAGUGUCAGUAUGUAUAUGCCUGUUCUUUGUUAUUCUGUUUGCUGUUUUACGAUGGAUACCGAGAUCUUUUACUAUUGGGGAAGCCAUGGUUAUUUCAGAGACAAUAGUUCUGCUGUCAGUUGAUUCUUAUACAAACCUUGGAUUGAAGGUAAACUGCACUGAUCAAAUGUACAAAGUGUUCCAUUUCUCUCCUUUUGUUCAUUUAGAGGUGGAGAGGUCUUAUCUUUUGGCUACUCAGUUGAUGAGCAUGCUCACUGUCUCCAUACUGCUGAUUGUAAAUCAUGAGAAACCUCUGAUUUCGUCAUUCUUCUUUUUUGUGGUGACAACCUGCAUUGCAGCUGUAAUAAAUGUUCAAUGGGAUGUAGAUAUCAUGCGAGUGUCAGUAUGUAUAUGCCUGUUCUUUGUUAUUCUGUUUGCUGUUUUACGAUGGAUACCGAGAUCUUUUACUAUUGGGGAAGCCAUGGUUAUUUCAGAGACAAUAGUUCUGCUGUCAGUUGAUUCUUAUACAAACCUUGGAUUGAAGUUAUCCUAUUUCUCUCCAACCUUUUACAAUUUAAUUGGAAUUCAAGCCAAGGUUACACGAGGUACUCACAGUCUGUGGAUGCAGCUCCUGUUAAUUGGGUCAUUGACAACAGGUCUUUUACUGCUUCCAGUAUUUUAUUAUCUUACACUAGUAAGUGACUACUGGGAGAAAGUGGCUGGAUACAUGGCAUUCUAUGCUGUUAUACUUUUUACAUUCUUUGCACUUCUGUUACCUUGGGCUGUACUCAUGCUGGGUGGCAACAACCCAUUUCUAUGGCUGUGGAAUUAUUUGGACAAUGUACAUAUAAGGGUGAGAAAAUGUGCAAAGAAAAUUGCUACAAUUUUACUUGUUUUAGAAAUAAAAAGUUCUGACCUCCGGAGCCCUGGAAGGGGAUUCCCAUAUGCAAAGGUCCGAGAUGCUCGUCACCUUGCUUAGGGGUAAAAAUCAAAGAUUCUGGUCUCAUUUAUGGAGUUGUUGAUGAAAACACCACUAUUUUUAGA